CGUGGAGCAGUUCGAAGCGAAUCAAACGAGCUGACAAUCAUGAAACUACAAUUGGUUUUGCUCAUUGUAUGCCUGGUUAGCAACUGCAGGGCUCAGGAGGAACCAGAGGAGCAGGAACAGGAAGCAGAGGCAGGUGAAGCAGCAGCUCCUCUCAAUCAUGGGGACCGCCGGCCGAACACGAGCAACGCUGGCAUACGUCGCAUUUUGGACGAGAAUACAAAGGUUCUACGACAAUUGGACAACAUGGCGCAAGGGAUAAGCAACUCGCAGAAGGGCAUUGAGGGUAAGUUGAGGCUGUUGGGUCAGGAUGUCGCCGGCAUUGAACGCCUGGAGGAUGGCCUCAAGAAACUCGAGCUGAGCACAGCUGCGAAUUUUCAUCUUACGGCACAUGGAAUUCGUAACCUGACCUCUAGCAUUCGAGCAGCUGAGAAUAAAACGGAUUGGGCUCUCUUGAAUCUUGCACGUGGGCAGCAGGAUAUCAAGCAGUUGAUUUCCAAGGUCGAUGCCAAUCAGAAUAAGCAAGAGCGUAGCCUCGAUCAAGCUGCCAAAUCCGUGACUCUGCGUCUCUCAGCUCUGGACAACUUGCUCAAGCAGUCCGUUCUCAAAGAAGUAGUGGCCCUCGUCCAAGUGGCAAAGAAACUGGAGCAGUCCCAACGACAAAUUGAGAACAAGGUCGGCCAUCUGGAUGAAUUGACCGCGUUGUCUGGCUUAACAGCCAGCAAGGUGCAGCAGUUGGAGCACGGAAUGCGCUCCAUAAACAGCACGCAGCAGCGCCAAUUGGCUGCAAUCGGGCACACGAUAGAACAUGUAGGAGCCAGCACCUGGCAGAUCGACAAUAAGCUCGGCGUACUGCUCAGCACACAGAAAAACAUUGAACGUGCCUUGGUCGAAUGCAAGAAAUGUUUCCCCUCCCACAAGCAGCCGGAGCAUCCACAUGAUCGUUGGGAACAACCUGGAUAUAUAUCCUACGAUCACAAGGAGGUAAAUAAGCCAUCUUCAAAGGAAUAUGAAAACAGUUAUGAUCAUGCCGACGAAACCUCCUAUCUGUACCAGCUUUGGUAUGGAAAGGACGAUAAAUAGAUGACCUA